AAGAGAGAGCGUGGGCAAACAAAAUAGGUCCCUUAUGCUCAUGACUUAUACCAUUGCCAGCAAGGGUAACGGUAGAGAAAAUUCAGUCAUCAGUGCGCCGUGGCUCCAUCUCCAUCGAAUUGGCAAUGAAAAUGUCCACGCGCCAGUUCUACUUCAGCAAGUACACAAAUUUCCACAAAAAUCACAUCAAAUUGGUUGCUGUUUAUAUGAAAACGGCAAAUCUAAUGCAGAUCUUUAAUGUGCUAAAGCGUUCACUUUAAGCAGGAGCAG